CGCUCUCCAUCAUACAUUUGAAAAGACAUUAACAACUAAACGGAGCAGACGACAAAAUAGUGAAUCCGCAGUAUAAACCCUGACACACUCCGUACCGGACGUGCUGCCAAAGGGAAUACAACAUGGGCGAGCAAACGGUAUUGCUAAUGUUGAUGGUGGCGACCUUGUCGCUGGCUACUGAGGUGCCAUCAGAUGACUCAGUGGGUUUGCUGGCGGAACCUCAAGUGGCCAUGUUCUGUGGUAAACUCAACAUGCACAUCAACGUCCAGAAUGGCAAAUGGGAACCCGACCCCUCUGGUACCAAGAGCUGCAUUGGCACCAAGGAAGGCAUCCUGCACUACUGCCAGGAGGUCUAUCCUGACCUGCAGAUCACUAACGUGGUGGAGGCCAACCAGCCCGUCAGUAUCCAGAACUGGUGCAAGAAAGGCCCCAGGCAGUGCCGCAGUCAUGUACACAUUGUAGUGCCCUACCGCUGUCUGGUUGGAGAAUUUGUGAGCGAUGCCCUCUUGGUCCCUGAUAAGUGUAAGUUUCUGCAUCAGGAGCGUAUGGACAUGUGUGAGAGUCACCUGCACUGGCACACAGUAGCCAAGGAGUCCUGUGGGGAGCGCUCCAUGAAUCUCCAUGACUAUGGGAUGCUGUUGCCAUGCGGCAUAGACCGUUUCCGGGGAGUUGAGUUUGUAUGCUGCCCAGCGGAGGCGCAGCGGGAAUCAGACAGUGAGGAGCUGGAGGAGGCCAACUCAGAUGUGUGGUGGGGAGGUGCGGAGGCUGAAUACGCAGACAGCAGCAUGCCCAAAGAGCCAGCAGUCACAGAACCCGCCGAACAGGAGCCUGCCGUGAUUGAGGAUGAUGAGGACGUCAAUGAUGAAGAGGAGUGGGAUAACGAUGAGGACGGUGAUGGAGAGGAGGAUGAAGAUGAAGUUGAUGAUGAUGAGGAGGAGGAGGAGGACGAAGACACCACCAGCGAACACGACACCAGCGAACAAACCUCCAAUGUUGCCAUGACUACCACCACCACCACGACCACAGAGUCUGUCGAGGAGGUUGUGCGAGCGGUGUGCUGGGCUCCGGCUAGGACAGGGCCGUGUCGGGCCAAGCUGCCCCGCUGGUACUUUGUGGCGGGGAAAGGCCGCUGCGCCCCCUUCACCUUUGGGGGCUGCGGGGGCAACCGCAAUAACUUUGAGUCGGAGGAGUACUGCAUGUCCGUGUGCGGCAGCAGUGUGUUACCUACAAUGGCACCCAGCCCUCCCGAUGCCGUGGACCGGUACCUGGAGGCCCCAGGGGACGUGAACGAGCACACCCACUUCCAGAAGGCCAAGGAAAGUCUUGAGGCCAAGCACAGAGAGAGAAUGUCUCAGGUGAUGAGAGAAUGGGAGGAGGCAGAGAGGCAGGCUAAGAGUCUUCCUCAUGCUGACAAGAAAGCAGUCAUCCAGCACUUCCAGGAGAAGGUGGAGGCUCUGGAACAGGAGGCAGCCAAUGAGAGACAGCAGCUGGUAGAAACUCACAUGGCUCGUGUAGAGGCUCUGCUCAAUGACCGCCGUCGCCUGGCUUUAGAGAGCUACCUCACCGCCCUGCAGGCAGACCAGCCCCGGCCUCGUCAGGUCUUCAGCCUGCUGAAGAAGUACGUCCGCGCCGAGCAGAAGGACAGACAACACACUCUCAAACACUUUGAGCACGUUCGCAUGGUCGAUCCUAAGAAAGCGGCUCAGAUUCGACCCCAGGUGAUGACCCACCUGCGUGUGAUUGAGGAGCGUAUGAACCAAUCUCUUGGGUUCCUCUACAAGGUCCCUAGAGUGGCCAAUGAAAUCCAAGACCAAGUAGAGGCUUUAAUCCAGAGGGACCAGGCAGAGGUGGUUCAGCAGCUGUCCUCUCUGCAGUCUGACAUGAGGGUGAGCUACGGGAAUGACGCUCUGAUGCCUGAUCUGCCAGACAGCACCACCCCUCUGGAUAUGCUGCCCCCAGAGCAGGACGGCCUGGGUUUCAUCCACCCUGAGAGCUUCAACCAGGCCAACACCGAUAACCACGUUGAACCAGUCGACGCCCGUCCCGCUCCAGACAGAGGGCUCCCGACUCGUCCUGGCUCUGGGUUAAAGCCAGAGGAGAUGCCGGAGGUGCGGAUGGAUACCGAGGAAAGACACAGCGCUGGUUAUGAAGUUCAUCACCAGAAACUGGUGUUCUUUGCUGAGGACGUGAGCACCAAUAAGGGAGCGAUCAUUGGGCUGAUGGUGGGUGGCGUGGUAAUAGCAACAAUCAUCGUCAUUACUCUCGUUAUGCUGAGGAAGAAGCAGUACACAUCCAUUCACCAUGGUGUCAUAGAGGUGGACGCUGCAGUGACCCCAGAGGAACGUCACCUGACCAGGAUGCAGCAGAAUGGCUAUGAGAACCCUACUUACAAGUUCUUUGAGCAGAUGCAGAACUAAAGAACCAUAUCAGAACUUGUG